AUGCAGCUUUUCCGAGAUGUUGUUGACGAAUGUGGGUUUCUUGAUCUUGGUUUUGUAGGACCUCAAUUUACAUGGAGCAAGCAUUAUGCAGCGGGACAUUCAGUGUGGGAAAGACUUGAUCGGGGAUUAGCCAAUUAUGAAUGGCUCACAAAAUUUGUAGGGGCACGAGUUUAUCAUCUUCACUCGGAUUCAUCUGAUCACUGUCCACUCCUGAUCACUCUCACAGAUUUGAAGGUGGCUUGUAAGAAGAAAAUUUUCAGAUUUGAGGAGAUGUGGCUGUUCGACAAGGGUUGCUCUGACACAGUUGAAGCCGUAUGGCUAACUAAUGAAUUCGAUCAUUCCAACAAUCAGAUUCUUGGGAAAAUUGAGAAGUGUGGUGUCGAACUCACAAAGUGGAGCCGUGAGAAGUUUGGUAAUGUGAGGAAUGAGUUGGAAAAAAAGAGAAGACAACUAGCUGAGGCUGAAAAAGUUGCAAUGGAGUUGGGGCUGAACACUCGGGUGAGGGAAUUGAAGAGUGAAAUUGAAAUUCUCUUGGAUAGAGAGAACUGA